UUUUUUUUUAACAAAAAAAAAAAAGAAAAAAAAACCUCAUAAUGAUUAAAAAUAUAGGGAAGCUUAAGCAGUGGACAGGAGAAAAGUUUGGUUCGGCCAAAAUCACGUUACAGACGGAAGACUUUCAACGUCUUGAGGUGGAGACAGAAAGGAAACGUGUAGCUUAUGAAAAGUUAUAUGCAUCUACAUUGAUUUUGCACCAACAACUCCUGAAGAGAAAGAUCUCUCCGGAAGAUAAUAAAUCAAAACGUUUAGUGGGUGAUAUCUUUGGUGUCUCUUUAAAUAAUUAUGGUAAUGAAUUUGUCGAGGAGACUCCCUUAGGUAUCGCUACCAUCAAUUUGGGUCAAGCUCAAUCAAAGAUCGCUGCCUUUCAGGAAGAGUAUGCGGAUGUCAUGAAAUCUCAAUACAUUGAAAAAUUAGAGGAAGGCUUACAGUUAUUUAAGGAAUAUCAAUCGUUACGUAAGAAAUUAGAAUCACGCCGUUUAGAUUACGAUUCCAAACUGAGUCGUUUACAAAAGUCAAAAAAGGAAAAGCCCGAAUUAGAACAAGAAAUGCAAGCAUCGAAAAUGAAAUAUGAAGAUUCAGAAUAUGAUGUAAUUCAAAAGAUGGUUUCUUUACAAGAAUUCGAGGACGAUCAUUGUGAAGCACUUCAAAGUUUAUUAGAUGUUCAAAUUGAAUAUUUUUCUCGUUCUUUAGAACUAUUGAAUGAUGUUAAAACCAACUGGACUAAUCCUCAAUCACAAGAUAUGUAUGCACGUUCAUUGCCUCGACGCAACCCUACUAUCCUAUCUCGUACUUUAAGUAAUCAUUCAAAUAGUGGAGAUGAUGUCACUUCUUAUAACAGCGGAGCCGUACUCUCGGUUUCACGAUCUGCAACAACCACCAUGAAUCAUCCUAAUUCACCUAGAAGACUCUCCAUGAGUAGAAGUGGUAGUACUACAGAUACUACUUCAAGAAGAAUGCCGACAUUAAGUCGUAAAAGCUCAAGUCAAUUAAAUGAACAUGAUGAGCAACCCCCUUUGAUGAAUCAUAGUAGUCGUAUUAACGCUACUCCACCUACAUUACCUCGUAGACAAUCACAAGCUUCUAGUUUGGAUAAUAGACCAAGUAUAAAGAAUCAAAGGAAAGCAAUGUAUGAGUUUGAAGGAGAAAAUGCAGAUGAAUUAUCAUUCCAUAUAGGUGAUAUUAUUCAAGUAUUAGAAGAAGUGGAUGAAGGAUGGUGGGUUGGAGAAAUCCAAGAUCCUCAUGGUACUGUACGCUGUGGUAUUUUCCCAGUGAAUUAUACAGAGAGCAUAAGUGCUGGUCCACCUAUGCCUGCAAGGCCUGUAAUGACACAGUCUAUGAGUAGUAACUUGACUACAACUAGUCAUGAAUCAGAUCAAAGUUAUAAUAAUAGAAUGAAUUCAAUAAGUAUAGAAGAAGAAGAAGAAGUAGAACAUAGUUCUCCUUUUGGUGACUCAAAUCGUACUGCCUCGAACCAUCGUGGUGGAUUCUCUUAUACUGCUGUUCGAUCCCCUAACAACCAUAGUCAAUCACCAACACGUAAUCUGUCUACUACUACUACUACUACUACUACUACUACAAAUCAUAUUACUCCUUCUACUUCUCCUGUACCACAAAAGAAACCCUCUUCUACUACUACAAAGAGAGCCCCACCUCCGCCACCACCUACUUUACGUAGCAACAGUAAUUCAACUACUACUAACAACACCACAAGACAGCUACCACCACCUCCUCCUCCUUCUUCUUCAAAUAUGGUACGUACCACACCUAAUCAGCAAGUACCAGCAAAUGAUUAUUUUGAAAUGAAUAAUAAUCAUUGUACAUGUAAUGAAUGUGGAUGUACAGAGUAUGCAGCCAAUUUAUUUAAAAAGGGCUAUUGUAAUAAUUGUUUCCAUAAACACGAGUAGUUCAUAAUAAAGUAACACAUCAUAAUAAGCUUCUUCUUCUUUAUUAUGGAGUUAUCCAUUUUAUUAUUAUUAUUAUACAUUUCAAUAAUACACUCUUCUUUCCUCCUCUAUCCUUCCUCUCUCCUUCUUUUUUUUUCUUUCUCUCUUCCCCUUCUCAUAUAUACAGAACAAACUAAUAAAUUAUAUAACAAUACAAGUAUCAAAAUAAAUAUAUAUGAAUAUAUAUAUAUAUAUAUGUAUAAAGAGUAAAAAUAAAAAUAAAGCAAAAUAAAAGGAGGGAAGAAAAAGAAAGAAAGGAGGG